AUGCUUUCAGGUGCUACUGAACAAAGUGGUGCGCUAUGUUAUGCUUGCCGCGCUCUGACCUGGGGUGAUUUCAUCCUGCAACGAGAUGAGACGUCAGGUGUGUGGAGGCCAAAGAACAUUCUUUCAGUAUUCCACGAAGCAUGGACGUUGGGAUUAAGCUUUACAAACCAAAUCCCGAUGCCCCUGGGCAUAAGGCGAGAGAACCUGACCCUGCUGCGCAAACGAGCAGGCAUAGAGAACGUGAAAGAGCAGAAAAAGGAAUUUGAAUUGAACAAACAGCCUGAUGUGGUGGAUUGA